CGCUGAGGUGAAGCACGUCCCAGCGGACACCUGGCUCCUCAGCGUGCCGCCGCACUCAGCCCGCCCGCCGCAGACCCCUGGGGGCUGAGUGCUGUGGGAGCGGCCGGCCAUGUCUCCCGCAGGUAGCCGGCAGCCCCUGAGCCUCGUGCUUCUUUUGGGGAUGGGGAUGGCAUCGGGGAACAUCAGCUGCCCAAGUGGGUGUAGCUGUCGGUACCUGGAGGUGAACUGCACGGGGCAGCAGCUGCAGGAGUUCCCCUCAGCCAUCCCGCUGGACACGAGGCAGCUGAUCCUGGCGGCAAACAACGUCUCGUACCUGCCAGCGGUGGAACUGAGCUUCCUGGCUGACCUGGUGUACCUGGACUGCCAGAAGAACCUCUUGGGGGAUGACCUGGAUUUCACUUUCAUCGGAGUGGUCAAGCUCGUCUACCUGGACCUCAGCUUCAACAACCUGACGCAGGUCACCUUCAGCACCUUCUCGCAGCUCCUCAGCCUGAUGGUGCUGAAGAUCUCGGACAAUCCCAACCUUGUAGCGAUCGAGAAGGAUGCUUUCGCCAACAACACCUUGCUGAGGCACCUGGACGUGAGCCGGACCGGUUUAACAUUCCUGGACACCAGCACCGUCCAGGACCUGCCCAACCUGAGGCUUCUGGGGCUCUCUAACAACCUGUGGCACUGCAACUGUUCCUUUUUGGACUUCAUCACCUGGAUGACAGAGAGCAGUGUUCAUUUUCCAGAUGCCGACAACAUCACCUGCUACACACCAGAAGCCCUUCGUGCCUUGAAGAUACCUGCAGCAGAGGUACAGCUGCAUACCAGCUGCCAGACCCACCUGCACAAGGAGGACUACAUCCUUAUGUGUUUAAUUAGCUCCUGCAUAUUCUUUGUUGGCAUUGUGGCGGCUUGGCUGGCUGGCAUCUGUGCUGUCAUUUACCACAUCUACAGUUCAAAGGAGGAAGAGGAAAAGGAAGAGGAAGAGGAAGAUGCAGUCACUUAGGGUCAGCCCUACACAUCCUUCUGGAUGCCGUCUUGGGAAUUGAAGGCAGGCCCUUCGGAGUGAUUUCCCAAAUGUAUGCCCCACUUUCUAUGCAUUUUUUUUAAAGGUGAAAUAAAACCACAAGAGAAGAUAGUCUCUGUCCUCCAAUUUUACUCACAGUGCCACCUCUACAUUUCUUCUUCCAGUGAGACCCAGGACUUUGGCAAAACGCUCAUUGAGAGCCACCAGAGGUGUGGACAGUGCCGUGCACCGACCAGCUGCACUUACACUCCUGCUUUAUCACGAGACCAUGGAAAAGCAGGGUCAGGAUGCAGCCUGUCCUGCUGUAGGGACAGGCCCCAGGACCGUGCAGCAGCCAGGGAGUUCAGCAGGGCCUUUUUGGCCGCAGUGGGACCAGCCUAGAUAGCUCACGUCAGCUGCAGGCAAUCCGAGAGCCUCUGCUGUGGAAAGGCAGAACAGAGAGGUUCAGAGCAGGACUUGGUGGGCUUGGCAUCCCGCUGGGUCCUGCUGCCUUCUCCAUUCUGCUCACGACAGCAAAAGACACCACGUGUUCCCCUGUACCUCUACCGCUCUAUGAGCAUUUACAGAACCAAGUCUUGCGUCGCACAGCCCUAAAAGUGGGUUUGUUUUGAAUGUAAGAAAUACCUCUUACGCACAGUCCAAGUGUUCUUGGAGGUGGCUUGUGUUUCUGUCCCAAAGUCCCAGGGCUGCACAUUCAGGGCAGAACAAAGGGAGGUGUAAAUAAGAUCCCUCGUAUCACUAGCACAGGUGAUGGCCAGGAGCAGUAUCCGCUUGCACGAACAAGUGCAGUGGCUCCACGUGUGAAGCAUUGGCUUCUCAUCCGAAACCAGCUGGAUCUGAUGGAAGAAAAGGGAAAAGCGGGACUUAAGCAAGCAUGGUAUGAAUUAAUAGGCUGUCUUAGGGCCAUUCGGCUGCGGCCAGUCUGCCGACCGUGAAUCAAAGCCGAAAUCCUAGGACCACAGAAUGGCUUAGGUUGGAAGGGACCUUAAAGAUCAUCCCGUGUGCUGGCUGC